AUGGGAAACAUCAACAAGGCUUCUAAAAAGAACAGUAAAAGGAAAAAGGUAAGGAGGCAUUUAAUGGGGCCCAUAGAGGGAAGCGGCGCCCCGUUGGCCGCCGCCAUGCUGGGGGGCCUGGGUGGUGCAGAGGAGGUGGACACGGAGGACGAGGAGGAAGGAGGCAGCGAGCGCGAGUUCGACGAGCCCCUGUGCGCUCUGGUUAAGAACUGCAACAUGCUGCACAACAUAGUGGGGCCCGCUUGUAUCUUCCUCAGACAGGGCUUCGCACAGAGCCAGCUUGACAGAGAUCUCCGACCAGAGGAAAUGGAAGAACUGCGUGAGGCCUUCAGGGAGUUUGACAAAGACAAGGACGGCUUCAUCAGCUGUAAGGACCUGGGCGAGUGCAUGAGGACGAUGGGAUACAUGCCGACAGAGAUGGAACUCAUAGAGCUCAGCCAGCAGAUCUGUGGUGGCAGAGUGGACUUUGAGGACUUUGUGGAACUGAUGGGCCCUAAAAUGCUCGCUGAGACUGCAGACAUGAUUGGAGUGAAGGAGUUAAGGGACGCCUUCAGAGAGUUUGACUCCGAUGGUGAUGGUCAGAUCAGCCUCGGGGAGCUGAGGGAAGCCAUGAAGAAGCUAAUGGGGGAGCAGCUCAACCACCGCGAGAUCGAUGAGAUCUUGCGAGACGUGGACCUUAAUGGAGACGGACAGGUGGACUUUGAAGAGUUUGUGCGAAUGAUGUCUCGCUGA